UGCUCACAAAGCUUUUGUCGGGAGCGCGCCGCGCACUCCCCCCCAUCUCCUUCCUGUCAGAGCUAGUCUAGUCUGGACUGAGAGCGGACGUGGUUUUUCACCUGGAAUUCUCCAGACAUCCACCGCUGACACUAGAAGACGUGCUUGUAGUCGCGUGCGUCUUUCUUUCUUAGCCGAGCCAACAAACUCUGACUUCACAUUAAAUAUGUCUCCUAUCGAAUGUCGUCAAUCGCCUCAGGUAAUGAUGUACGACCAACACAGAAUAAGUUCCACUCUAUAGCCAACGGGAUCCCGAGGACUUGAUUACAGUCGCUUUAAGCCUGAUAGUUUGUCCGUGCGGCUGCUCCCACCAUCCCUUCUACGCUCGUCUGUAGUCGGCUGGCCUCUCUCCUGAUAACUUCCCGUCCCUCUCUGUGGGUGAAGAAGACCUUGUCUGCUUUUCCCGUUUCCCACUUUUGGUUCCUGUUUUACUCUAAGCAGUGGUGCUUCCCUGGAUUUGGAUUAUUCUCCAUUAGGAAUUAAAGUAAGUUUACCAAAAUGACUCCAAACGGAUAUUUGAUCUUUGAGGAUGAGAGCUUCCUGGAUUCCACCGUGGCCAAAAUGAACGCUCUGAGAAAGAGUGGCCAGUUCUGUGAUGUUAGGCUGCAGGUGUGUGGUCAUGAGCUGAUGGCUCACCGUGCUGUCCUGGCCUGCUGCAGCCCCUACCUGUUUGAGAUCUUCAACAGCGAUAUCGAGACUCCUGGAAUCUCUCAUAUCACCUUUGAGGACUUGAACGCAGAGGCUGUGGAAGUUUUGCUCAACUAUGCCUACACUGCCCAACUGAAAGCUGAAAAGGAGCUAGUCAAGGACGUUUACUCUGCGGCCAGAAGGUUCAAGAUGGAACGAGUUAAACAGAUUUGUGGCGACUACCUGCUGUCGAAAAUGGAUUCCCAGAAUGCGAUUUCCUUUCGGAACUUUGCCAGCUCCAUGGGAGACCCCAGACUUUUGGCCAAGGUGGACGCCUACAUCCAGGACCAUCUGCUGGAUGUGUCUGAACAGGAGGACUUCCUUAAACUUCCCAGAUUAAAGUUAGAGGUGAUGCUUGAAGACCACCUGACCCUUCCCAGCAACGGCAAGCUCUACUCCAAAGUGCGGAACUGGGUGCAGCGUAGCCUUUGGGAGAAUGGAGACCAACUGGAGCAACUGAUGGAAGAGGUGCAAACUCUCUACUACUCACCUGACCACAAGCUGGUGGAUGGAGGGCUGGUGAUUGAGGGGCACAAUGAAGUGUUUGGUGGCGAGGAGGACCACCUUCAGUUUGUGCAGAAGAAACCGGCACGCGAGAGCGCCCAGAGACAGCAGAGCUGCAGCUCUUCGGGAAGCCUCUCACCCUCCAACCAAGCAGCAAAUGUAAAACCUACUGCCAGGAGAGAGUGGAAGUACAUCGCCUCUGAGAAGACCACAAACAGCAACUAUCUGUGUCUGGCUGUGCUGGACGGUGUGCUGUGUGUGAUCUUCCUUCAUGGUCGCAACAGUCCUCAGACUUCUCCCACUGCUACCCCCUGCCUGAUGAAGAGUCUCAGCUUUGAGGCCCAGCCUGAAGAGGGGGUGGAGGAACACCCUCUCUCCCCCAUGCACUAUGCUCGCUGUGGCCUGGGCACCGCAGCUAUGAACGGGAAACUCAUUGCAGCAGGAGGCUACAACAGAGAGGAGUGUUUGAGGACUGUGGAGUGCUUCGACCCCAAGGAGGACUGCUGGACUUUCAUUGCUCCCAUGCGGACUCCAAGGGCUCGGUUCCAGAUGGCCGUGCUGAUGGGUCAGCUGUACGUGAUUGGAGGGUCCAACGGACAUUCUGAUGAGCUGAGCUGUGGGGAGACAUACGAUCCACAUACUGAUGAGUGGGUUCAAAUUCCAGAGCUGAGGACAAACCGCUGCAAUGCAGGUGUCUGCUCCUUGAACAACAAGCUUUAUGUUGUGGGAGGAUCGGACCCCUGCGGGCAGAAGGGCCUGAAGAACUGUGAUGUUUUUGACCCCGUGGCCAAAACCUGGUCCACCUGUGCCUCCCUUAACAUCAGGAGGCACCAGGCAGCAGUAUGUGAGUUGGAUGGCUCCAUGUACGUGAUCGGAGGUGCAGAGUCGUGGAACUGCCUCAACACUGUGGAGCGCUAUAACCCUGAGAACAACACCUGGACUCUGGUGGCCCCCAUGAAUGUGGCUCGGAGGGGAGCUGCUGUGGCCGUUCAUGCAGGAAAGCUGUUUGUUGUUGGUGGGUUUGACGGCUCCCACGCUCUCCGCUGUGUGGAGGUGUACGAUCCCGCUCGCAACGAGUGGAGGAUGAUGGGUAGCAUGAUCUCGUCCCGCAGCAACGCAGGCGUGGCCAUGCUGGGUGAAACCAUCUACGUCGUGGGCGGCUUUGACGGAAACGAGUUCCUGAACACGGUGGAGGUAUACAACCCCGAGACGGACGAGUGGAACGACUGCGCCAAAGCCUCGACUCCCCUCUCUGACUGAGGGUGGGGGGUGUCAGUGGUUCAAUGCUUCAUCCAUUUCCAAACUAACAGGCUUGGUGACGUAAUCGUGCUUCGUGAUGUUCUCUGUGUGUGUGUGUGUGGGGGGGGGGUGGGGGGGUGGUAGUAAAGGUGAGGAGUCUUCAGUGAAGACUUGUCUUAAUCUUGGCAGGUGGGUGUGGGGCGGGGAGGGAGGGUUGUUGCCCAGGGCAACAUGACACCUUUGCAUAUUGCAUAAAUUUGUUUUGUCUUGUAUAUAUUUUGUUUCUUCCUCAUUUUCGUCAUGCCAACAUUUAACACAUGUAGUGCUUUUACAGUUUGUCAUGGGGGGUGUAACAUGAGGUAAUUUUGUUCUAUUGGCCGCUUUAGAAAGCGGCAGUAUGAAGUGAUUUGACUUCAGGAUUUCAGUUUUUUGAAGAUAAAAUUUGUCACAUAUUUAAAGUUUAGUGGUUUUGAGCCUUACUUUCAGUACGAGUCUAUAGACACCUCUCACAGCUUUUUGUGUCGUUUUAAAUGAGCUGGAUUGCUUUUGGACUCUUAAAUAAUUGCCUUUUUUAUAUUUUUAUACACUGAUUUACCUGUAAAAACUAGUAGUAGCAGAAAGCUUAAGUCAGUGACUCUAACCAGUGCCAGUUUUAGCUUUUUUGUGUGCACACGUGAUACGCACAGCCAUGCUUCUGCUAACCAAAAUUUUCUUAAUGUGAUUUAAUUAGCUGAUAAAUGUAGAGGUACAAUUUAUUGAAAAUACUUUUGCCCCCCUCUAUAUUGUUUUAAAUUGUCAGGCAUUGGCAGAUUUUUCUGGAAGGUGUGAUGGAGAAAAUUCACAUUUGUAACAUUUAAUUAAUAAAUCAUUGAAAUCAAA